UUCAAGCAUACGUAUUGGCUUCUUAAAAAAAUUAUGUUUCGUGACAAUACCGACAUUAGUAAAUCAAAAAUUGAUUAUGCUUGUUACUUUACUCUGCAAUAACAACAUUUAUUACUACUAGUUUGGAAUUAAUAAAUCAGUUUUUAAUGACGGUUUCCAUUUGAUCAAAAAAAGUUGAGACCAAUCGCAUUCUUUUUUAUAAAAUUUUAAAACGCAAUAAGAGAUUGGAAAAAAUUCAGUCCUGGUUCAUAUUUAAGACCAAACCGGUGCACAUUUUCCUAGUUCCCAACAAUGCCAACCCUAAGCCUCCAAAAACCGGCCCCCUUUUUCAAGGGCACUGCAGUUGUCGACGGCCUAUUCAAAGAAAUAAGCUUGAACGAUUACAAAGGACAAUACCUCGUCCUGUUUUUCUACCCCUUAGACUUCACUUUCGUAUGCCCCACUGAAAUAAUCGCCUUCUCCGACCGCGCCCCCGAUUUUAAAAAAAUCAAAACUGCAGUUGUCGGUGUUUCAACCGACAGCCAUUUCUGCCACUUAGCCUGGAUCAACACGCCUCGCAAACAAGGAGGAUUAGGCCCGAUGAAUAUCCCGCUUUUGUCAGACAAAUCAGGGAAAAUAGCACGGGAUUACAUGGUCCUGGACGAGGAGACGGGCGUCCCGUUCCGGGGAUUGUUCAUUAUAGACGGGAACGGGGUUUUGAGACAAAUGACGAUCAACGAUCUGCCCGUUGGGCGCUCGGUGGAGGAGACUCUUCGCCUAGUCCAGGCUUUUAAGUUUACAGACGAGCAUGGAGAGGUGUGUCCUGCGGGCUGGACUCCCGGCAAGAAGACGAUGAAGCCGGAAGUGAACGCCAGCAAGGAUUUUUUCGAGGAAGUUAAUUAAAACAAUUUUCUUAUUAUUUGUCUUUCUUUUAAUCCAUAUUUUGUAGUAAAUACAAUAUCUUAUAAAGUUAGAAAGUUGACACAUUCUAGAGUCAGUUCUUGCGUCAGGUCAGGUCAGGUAUUGUAAAUUCACCCUGUAUUUAAAUUUAAUACUAAUAAGAAACCUAAAGAAAAAAUAAAUAAAAAACAAUCACACAAGA